GGCGCGGCGGCGGAGCGCAGCAUCAUGGCGGACCGAGACAGCGGCAGCGAGCAGGGUGGUGCGGCGCUGGGCUCGGGCGGCUCCCUAGGGCACCCGGGCUCGGGCUCAGGCUCCGGCGGGGGCGGUGGUGGCGGCGGGGGCGGCGGCGGCAGUGGCGGCGGCGGCGGGGCCCCGGGGGGGCUGCAGCACGAGACGCAGGAGCUGGCCUCCAAGCGGGUGGACAUCCAGAACAAGCGUUUCUACCUGGACGUGAAGCAGAACGCUAAGGGCCGUUUCCUGAAGAUCGCUGAGGUGGGCGCUGGCGGCAACAAGAGCCGCCUCACCCUCUCCAUGUCUGUGGCCGUGGAGUUCCGCGACUACCUGGGCGACUUCAUCGAGCACUACGCGCAGCUGGGCCCCAGCCAGCCGCCCGACCUGGCCCAGGCACAGGACGAGCCACGCCGGGCGCUCAAGAGCGAGUUCCUGGUGCGCGAAAACCGCAAGUACUACAUGGAUCUCAAGGAGAACCAGCGCGGCCGCUUCCUGCGCAUCCGCCAGACAGUCAACCGGGGGCCCGGCCUGGGCUCCACGCAGGGCCAGACCAUUGCGCUGCCCGCACAGGGGCUCAUCGAGUUCCGUGACGCUCUGGCCAAGCUCAUCGACGACUAUGGAGUGGAGGAGGAGCCGGCCGAGCUGCCCGAGGGCACCUCCUUGACUGUGGACAACAAGCGCUUCUUCUUCGAUGUGGGCUCCAACAAGUACGGGGUGUUUAUGCGAGUCAGUGAGGUGAAGCCCACCUACCGCAACUCCAUCACCGUGCCCUACAAGGUGUGGGCCAAGUUCGGACACACCUUCUGCAAGUACUCGGAGGAGAUGAAGAAGAUACAAGAGAAGCAGAGGGAGAAGCGGGCCGCUUGUGAGCAGCUCCACCAGCAGCAGCAGCAGCAGCAAGAGGAGACCACCGCUGCCACCCUGCUACUGCAGGGUGAGGAAGAAGGAGAAGAAGAUUGAUCAAACUGAAUGAAACACACACGUGCGCACACACACACACACACACACACACACACGCACGCACGCACGCAUACACGUACGUGUAUACACACACACACACAGCCACACACAGAGAGAAAAUAUACUGUAAAGAGAAAAUAAAAAGUUAAAAAGUAAAAAAAAAAAAACUUAAACUCCAAGGGAGCACCACCCACAGAACCUCCACCAACUGACAGUUUCUCUUCUUGACUUGCCACCCAUCGCUGGAUGUUGUCCACUUUAUCCACCAUGUAAAACAGUAAGCAGCUGCUAAAAACAAAAAACAAAAAAAAUAUACAAAAAGUAAUAACAUUAUAUGAACUGUGUUUCCUACUUGAUUAAAAAAUAUAAAGAACUGAGUGUUUAUUUCCCUAAUUAACCAAGAACUUUUGUACACGUUUAAGCUAUUAUUAUUAAAAGUGUUUGCAAAAUGGUCAAGAUUAUAAUAUUGCUGAAUUAUAUAAAAAGUCCUUUUCAUGUUGAGCUAACAUUUGACUUUAGCACAAAAAAGAGAUAUUUUAGAACACGUAAAAUAAUAUUUUUAGUUUUUCUCAUUUUGUUACCAAAUUUCAAACCUUACAUGGAGGUUAUUAUAGUAUAUUUGACAUCCUAUAUACCUGUGAUUAGAGAUGUGUAUAUAUAUGAGGGCUAGGCAUGCUGUGUGUCUGAGCUUUGUCUAAAUGUUAUGCAGAAGUUUGUAGAGUUCAAGGUACGUAGGUUUAAUUCAUGCAAGGUAAACAAUAAGUGCUCUCUUUUAUACAAUAUGCAUUGCAUCUGGACCUUAAGCAUAUAAAAAUGGUCAGUGAAACUUCUGUGAACAUGAAGAAAUUAUUAAAAAAGGCAUUUAAAUGAAAUUUGCUAAGUUGUGAUUUUUAUGGUUGGAACCAAAGUUAUUCAAAUAGUAAAAGAAAAAAGAAAGAAAAAGGAAAUUCCCAUAAUAUUUUUCUGCAUCUGUUUGCUUUGAUUGAGUAGCUGUUUUGUUAUUAUUGUGUAUAUGAGAUGUACUUGUAUUGUUCAUAAUAUAUAUUUUUUAUUAUGUGUAGAAAGAUUUUAAAAACCUAGCUAACGUGCAGCAAUUUCCAGUGAACCUGUACUUGGGUAUCAGGUAGUGAGUCUAUUUGUGGUCACUAGCACUGUCCCCUAAACUUGUAAGAGGUCUGAAGCUAUCCUUUGAUUUUUGCCAGUGCUGUUAACUUAUGUAGACCUGUUUAAAAGCAAAGCAACACCAUUAUAGUUAUCCUACUGAGCCAUGGAUUCUGAGUUUCAUUUAAGAGUGAAAGCCAAGUUGGUGUAUGUAAAGGAUUUCCAUGUAGCUGUGGUGCUAGUUAUUACUGGCUACAUUAUAUGUAAGUGUAUUUAUGUUCCCCAAGUGUACAAGCCUUCUGUCAAAAGUAUGUUCUAUUAUCACACAUAUUCAAAGUGUAGGAUAUAGAAAUGCAAGCUUAGGAGAGCACUUUACCAAGCUGGUGUCCUCCACUGAAAUUGUUUGUAACGGUAGUCUUUUACAGAUUUUCAGUUAAAGAUGUUUAUGUGCUUUUAAUUGACAACUAACUUCUUGCUGCUGUAUAGUAAAAUAUUAAUAUAUUUUUUAUCAUUAAACUGCUGCAUGACUAUCAUCUUUGAGUGAAAAGAAAAAUGUUAUAAAAAAGAUGCCUUAAAUACAGUACAUUUUGGUUUGGAAUUCUGUAGAAAGUAUUUUGGUAAAAAAAGAAAAAAGAAAAAAAGAGGAUCUUGAUCUUGUCUUGACAAAGAGAGUUCUGGACAUGCAAUUGUCUCUUGGCAAAUUCAGCCAACUAGAUCUACCUGCUGUAUGUAGAAGAAACCACCUGUAGGACUGGGAAGGUAUCCGUACCUUUCCCGUUGGAAAGCAUCCGCCUAGGAAGGCAGAACAGUUGUCUUUUUUGAAGGAUUUUUUUUUUCCCUGCUGGCUCUUUAGGUUUUGAUUUGAUAUUUUUAAGCUUUCUGGUUGAGUGUUGUCUUUGUUUUUGAGAUCUACUGUAUGUGUUGAAUAACAAGCUAUUUUCAUUGUACUGUGCAUUUUCCCAUUGUUUGCUUUUCAUAUUCAUGCAAUGUUAAAUAUGAGGUGACCGUACAAUAGGUAGGAGUUUCUUUACUUACAAAAUCACUGGAAAUUAUUAAAUUGCUUUCCCCUUCCCCCAAGGUGCAUUUUUUUAUUAUUUUCAUAUAGUAAAGUUGAGCUUUUACAGUGCAUAAUGUGACAUUUGGAAUGCUUAUCAACUGCAUGUAAACAUUAAUAACCUGCACUUUUUGUCUUAAGGUUUGUUGAGCUGUUUUGUUCACUGUACUUUAACUGUGAUAUGGAAAAGAUUGCAUUCUCUGUGCUGUUUCUACUUAGGAAAGAGAAUUGCUUUGAUUUUGUCUCUUGUUUACUAUAGCUUCUUAAAGUUAAGCCUUGUGCUACGAGUUGUUGGAGUACUCCUAGAUCAGUGUUUUGUAGUAGCCAGCAGUCAGUAGUGCAAGUCAACAAAAACACAGCAAACUUAGGCAAAGUGUCCUUUCUUUGAGAUGCAAGUUCUUUCCAUAAGGUUUUCUUUAGGGUCAGCUGCCUAAAGUGAAACCUUUCUUACUUAUAGACUUCAGAUUCUGCUUGGAAUCCUACUGGAUCAAGAAGCACAUGUAUUGUGCUGUUGUCUUUACACUAUAACAGUUAAACACAAUCUUACUAGGACUUUGAAUCCAUUGUCUGAUUUAUGGUCAGUGGGUUUAAAAAGAAAUCCACAUGCAGAUCUUUUAAGACUUAAAAAGUGGUCAUAGAGAAGACUGAGUGACUGUAAAGAUGCUCUUUUUGUUUAAAGCAUCUCACUUUCUCUCCCCAUUGACCUCCUAACCUCCCCUUCCCCUUCUGUUUCAUUCUUCCCCUACAUUUCUCCUCCCAGGUGCUCAGUACUUUACCAAGGUUCUAUAUUUCAGUGUAUUAUGUUAGAGUCUCUUCUCGUUUUUUUUUUUAUUUUACUAGUGAGUAGCCCCAGUUUGUGCUGAAAAGGGGGGGGGGUAUAUUUGACCAUAUGUGUUAUUCAUAGAAGACAGUAUGAUCAAAUGUGCCAAAAACAAGCAAACAGAACUUAAUUCAUGACAAGUAUGCCUUAUUUUUAUUGAUCUGCUUUGUCUUACAAUUAAGGUCCAAGAGCUUGGUUAAACUAUGUUAUUUGCCUAAGUAAAAAAAGAAAACUUGAAAUGCAUUGAGAUAUUGAUGUUCUUUAAAAUGAGAGACAUUGUCAAGUAAUUUGAUCUAGAAAUCAGCCACCAGAUUUGAAGUGGGAGAGAGAGAGGGAGGGAAAGAGAGAGAGUGUGUGUGGUGGUGGUGGUGGUGGUAGUGGUGGUAUUUGUGGUUUUUUCCCCCCUAAACUACCAAAUCUUAUUUUAAAGCUACCUUUCAUUUGUGCCUCCUAUUUAUCAUGCAGAUGUUAGAAGCAGCAGUCAUCCAGCCACAGAGGGAGCUAAAGUUAACUAACCAGAACUGUAGAAAUCAUCAUACAUGCCUUUGACAACAAAGGAAGUUCCUAAGAAAGCCAUGUUGGCUUUUCCUCUACUAGACACACAUUUAGAGGAAGAUGAACAAUUUGCCAAAUGAGAAAAAUAGAUAAAGUAGUCAGGAAAGACAAACUUUUCCAGCUUCUCAAAAGCCAUGGAAAGUAAAAACCAAAACCAAUGGGAAAUUUAAAAAACCUUGAAAGUCUCACUUUCUAGUCCCAUGCAGGGGUUAAAAUUUGACUCAAAAUGGAAAGUACCAAUUUUUGGUUUUGGGCCUUUACAUCUAAUGAUGGGUAACUAUUCCAGUUUGACUUUUUUUUUUUUUUUUUCAGGUAAUGGAGAAAGCUGCUAGUGAUUUUAACCCCUGCUGAAAGGAGACAGAUAAUUUCAUUUGGGAGCAAAUACUUAUUGCCUUGAGAAAUAGCACUAUGAUAGUCUAUUUUAAUUAGUCGUAGAAUAACCUUUAUCCCUUUCAAGCUAUGCAAAUUAUUAAGUAAGUAAAUUAGAAUUCAGUUAAAGAGAGUUGAUUAUAUUGCAAUCAAAUGGCAUUCACAAACUUAACAGAAACAUAUACAAAUAAAAUCUAUUAGUUUAAGAGUUUUUUUUAAUGCUGACAUAAGUAUAAUUUAGCUACCUAAUGCUGAAUACUAUUAACAUUGUAUGAUAGGUCUGGGAAGACUGCCUCCUUUUUUUGAAGAGAGACUAAGAAUUUUUAUAAUUGUUUUUCAUCAAAUUUUAAUAUUUUUGUCAAAAUUUUAGGUAUUUAAUUUGUAAAACAGUUUGCUUUGUACUGGCAUAUAGAUGUUAGGGUAUUGAUUUUAAACUUUUUGAAGCCAAGUGAUCAAGUACAUUUGUAAUAAAAAUCAAUGGAUCUCCA